UACAAGUUACAGACUCCUGGAUCAACAUUACACUGUGUUGGUAGUGAUGUCAAGACGUAUAGAUUUGUGAUUCUGAAAUCACAGCAUAGGACAAUGAAAAACAAGUACAUGUAAUACGUUUUGCUCAAGGACAUUUUUUUCUCUUUUCACUAGUUAGUUUCAAGUGAGCUGAUGAAUUGCAGGUUAAUUCUUUCUAAGGGAUAACUUUUCUUACCAGUGUAGUACAAUGUGAGCAUAGAAUAUUUAGAAAUAUUGGUGGUCUAUUUUGAACUCAAGCCUGGAAAAUAUCAAUAAGUCAAUCCCGGUCUUUUUGUGUGAAAAACCAAUACGAUCUAUAAAGUACUGGUGGCUCCAGACAAUCUUCGUUAAUACGCGUCCUAACUUAAACUAGCCAGACAACUUCAUUCAUUUUUUUUUUUAGCCACUGAGAUAACUUUUAAAACGGUUUCCUUUUAGACGUUGUAGUUAGUUCAGCGCUUUGAAUACGGUAACCAAAGUUUAGAAUAGGUCAAAGUAACCUGUUAGUAUUUCAAAACCAAACGUCUUUUGCGCAUAAAAAACAACACCGAAGCUGAUCGAUUCGAUUAUUUUUAAAAACAGUCAAACAGGAUAUGUCAAAUACACAUUUAAAUGUAUGUGUUUACAUAUUUGCAUUAAAGUAAAUCAACCAUGGUGUCGAAGGGCUAAAGAAAAUCGAGAUCUUCUGUGAUUUAAUAGACGGAUAUUGAGGUAGCCGGACCUACCAGUGAUAGCCUACCUACCUUCCGCCCUUCUUGGAACAGUGAGUGAGAAAAGUCGUCGACGAAAUCGCCAUCAUGUCUCUGGCAGUAGGCACAUGGGUACGGCCGGACUCCAGGUUCAAAUCUCUUCCCAAACUGAUGGACAGUGCGAGUCCGGCAAGGCCACCCAGGAUCUUCGGACGGGUCAUGACCCCGAUUUUCCCGCGCUCGGCAGAUAUGGCCGUCCCCAAGUCCUCAACUCUUGAGUUUACGCGAUCCAGGACUGAGCCCAGGAUAGAAAUUCUGAAUGUAGAUGGACUGGAGAUGUAUGAUCCUGACCUUCUGGAUGGAGACGACCUUGACUGUGAGAGUGACGCGAUCAGCGACGAGGGAGAGACGCCAAGGUCAAGGGCAGAGAAGGCUGCGGAGUUCGAGGUCGCGCAUAACUGGAUGCUGAAGGAAGAGACGGAGAGGAAUGCUCGCAAGUUUGACCGGACAAAGAGGAAGUUGACCAUCUGUCUCCCAGAUGAUGACCCCCUUGAAGGCAUCAACAACAGGCUGGAGGAGGUCCAGUCUAUGGUCAAGCCAAAAGCGGAACUGUCUGGAUUUAUCGAAGAUAUGGAUCCCGAGCAGAGAGAGCGCAUUUAUAGAAUUACCAACAUGGAUUUUCAUACCGUGAGCAAAGAACGCAGGAAAAACUGGAAG